AUGGCCAAAGCCGUCUCAUCCAUCCGGCUUUUCAACAUGAACCUGUUGCUCUUCUGGUUGACACUAACUACCACGGUGUAUGCAAUGAAGAAGGUCGGGCAAGAUGAUGCCGGCGUCUCUGUUGUAGGCACUGACCAAGAGAAGAAGUUCGUCGGCCACUCUUCCCCUGGAGAAGACCAAACGGACAGUCUGCAGGACUGGGGGCAUUCAAGCGGAAGGGAGGGGCAGUCUCUUGACAUGCUUGUGACCACCCCCGACGAAAAUGUCGUAGCCGACGAGAUGCGUCACGAUGGUGCUUUUAGGAACCUCGUGCAACAAAAGUCUAGCCCAGAAAACAUGAAGUUCGUCCAGAAAAUAGCAAAUCAGCAUGCUAUCGACAGUGCCAAAGCCGCGCUCAUCCAGCUCGGCGGCCGGCCUAAGAAGUUUACGGGUCUAGGGAAAGGUAUUUUAAAGAAGGAGAAGAAGAAGGAGAAAAAGAAGGAGAAGAAGAGUAAGGAGGAUAAGAGGAAGGCUAAGCUAGAAAUUCGUGAGGAAGAGAUGGCUUUAGGUACUAGUGCUAAGGCCUCUGAGGUUGAGUAG